AUGAGCAGUCCGCGGGCGGUGCCCCGGCUGGUGGCGCUGCUCUGUUUGGCGCUGCUCGCAGCAACCGCAGCGGGCGAGUUCGUCUUCGACGACGAUCUGGAGGACCUGAUUGCGGAGGAGUCGAACGUGGACGAGGAGCUGGCACCCGGCUCGGUGCUGCUUCCGUCGGACGUGUUCAACGACGGGAAGCCGUUUUACGUCGAGCGCGACCCGUCGACGGGGGCCAUCGACUUCAACCACAAGAAGACCGGCAACCAGAUCGAGAUGGACGACGAACGCCGGCCGUACGAGUCGAUCAAGGAGAGUUACGUGAGCGACAAGAAGGACGUCAUUGUGCAUCACUCGACGCCCAACUUCCACGACUUCCUCAAUCUGCCCAAGAUGUACUCGCCGGAGAACUUUGUGUCGAUUUCGAGCUCGUACGCGAACCUCAAGUACCAGGGCAGCAACAAGGGCUCAAACCACCGUGACCCGGCGCACAUCGUGUCGGUCACGGCGGUGGCACCCACCACCGCCGCCCCGGCGCCAUCCUCUUCCUCGACGAAGUUCUUCUUCAGUCGGCCUCAGUACGGGCGACCGACCACCACCUCCGGAGGAUCGACUCCAGGGUCUCCCACGUACACCUAUCCAAUCACCUCGGGCCGGCCAAUCACGACCAGCACCACUACCACGCCAGCCCCAACCACGACCAGCAGCACCACGGCAGUGACUACGGAGGAGGAGGAAGACGCUCCCAAGACGACGACCGGCAGCCCUCCGAAACAGCUGUUCACGCGCUAUCCCUACAAGAGCACGAUCAAGAACAAGUACCUGGAGACGUCGGAGCAAACGCGCAAGAAGUUCUUCCUGCCGUCCACCCUGGCGCUACCGGGCCCGACGACGACGACGACGACGACGACCACGACGGAGCGCGCCCAGUCGACGCCGGUGCGCUCCUCGACCUACUACUCACCGUCCGUCCGUCCCCAGUGGCCCACAACAACGACGACACCGUUGCCACCGCCGCCAACUACGACCCUGGCCCCUAGCUCGACGGCACCGGCACACCCGGUCCGCUUCGUGGACGACGCCGAGCAUCCGCCGUCGGGAUCGAAGAUCAAGUUCACGAUGCCGGCGCUCAAGUACGAAGGAUCCCGGCCGGCCCCCUUCCGGAGGAUGCCGGUGCCGCAGGGUGGCGGUGCGGGAAGCUCCGAUCGUGAGCCGGGCAAUGGCGGUUCCGCUUCGUCCUACAACAAGAUCGAGCUCCCCAAGAACCCGGCCGUGAUGUCGCUGUCGGAUAUCUUCAGCACGCUCGAGCAGAAGAAGCGUCUGGAGGCAGAGGGUAAUCGGGUCGAGUCGGUGGAGCAGGCAACGUCCACCACACCACCGGCGAUCGUGCUGCUCGACGACCGCCGGACCACGACGGUUUAUGGGGAGGGUCCGAAGAUCGAGCAGUCCGUCGAUCUGUCGGACCACUACGUCAGCUACGAGGUUCACCACCAGCCGUCGCAAGGACGACCGGUCGCUUUCCAAGCCCAACAGCAACAGCAACAGCCAGCGUAUCAGGUCCACCAGCCGAACGGCCAUCGGCCCCAGCAACCGGCGAUGGACACGGCCGGCGGGGGGCAGUACGUGCAGUAUGAGGUGCAGAAGCCACAGCUGAACGUCGUCCAGUUCGGGACCGUCCCCAGCAUGAACAGUGUCGUCAUCAGUCCGAACCAACACUCGGCCACGUUCGUGCUCGGCUCCCAGCAAUCCGUCGGUGCUAGUGGCGGCGUCGGCGGUGCCGUUGGACCUGGCGGCCAUUUUGUGGGAUCCGUGUCGCAGGAUUCACCGGCGGUCGGCACGGCGGCCGCGCUGAUCGCCGGUCGGCCACCGUACCAGAUGGGCCAGGUGCUGGACGAACCGCACGAUCCGGCAUCUUCGGCGGCCAUGGUCGGGAGUGUCCAGGUGAAGCCGCAGGACAUCAUCAAGACGACGAGCGUGCGGUUCCCGAGCGAGUCGGACGACAAGUACGACAACGCGCCCAUCAUCAGCGGCACGCACAAGAGCGAGGUCCUUCCGCCGAACGGCCACUCGGCCCCGGUCCGGGGUGGCGAGAUGUCCUCGGUCGUGUUCCCAGCGGCGGCCCACGAACUGCACGAGGUGUCGAACCGGAUCGUGUUCGACUCCGCGGCGGCGCCGUCCCCUGCGGACCCGCUGAACCGCCACGAGUUUGCCGUGGCCCCGAACCCGCACUACCCGGCCGACCUGCCCGAGCAGCUGACGCCACCGUCGGCGGCCCAGGACCUGAAGCCGCGUCCACCGGCGCCGUUACGCCCACCGGUACCGUCCCAAGGGCCACCAUCGUUCCGUUACAGCGAGAUUCACCGUCGACCGGGCGCGACUUUCCCGACCGACCGAACCCGCCCCACGCUCCUGCCCAACAUUCUGCCCCAGUUCCGUCCGAACGCCAAGAUAUCGCACGGACAUCCGCCGCCGCCGCACUUGCGCGAAUCCGGCACCUACCGGGUAGGACCCCCGGCGGGGAUGUUCGUGAAGGCGGGAGGACCACCGCCGCUACGCAAACCGCUACCCUACCAGCACCAGCAGCAGUUUGGCGGACCGAACCGACUUCCCACGACCCGCACCCGACUGGGCGUUUCCCCACCAAGCCGGCCGCCGGUAUCGGCCGAACUGGAGAACCGGCGCUAUUAUCGGUUGCCUCCGGCACCACCAUCGCCCCCGGCCGUCAUCAAGGAUCGCGUGUAUAAUCUACAGCCCUCACGCUUACAGCCACCACCGCCGCCACCGCCACCGCCAUCACCACCACCACCACCACAAACGGAACAGCCGGUGGACGAGCCGCUGGAGGAGCACGAGUUCCACCGCAACCCACCGCAGAUCCUGAAGAACCUGCUGAGGGACGAGCUGAACGGUCAGCAGCGGCCCAAGCUGGAACCGGUUGUGACGCUGCAGAUGCUCCAGUCGAAGCGGCGUGUGGAGGAAGGAGGAUCAACGGGGGGCGUUCCGGCAAGCGGAGUGGACCUGAGUACGGUGCAUCCACAGGUACCGGUGGAUGCGCCAGGGACCAGGGAUCGCCCGGUGUACGUGGUGUACCCUGUCAAGAGCACCCCGGUCAAGCUGGACCGACCCGGUGCGGAUGCGAUCGUUGUCCGGGGUGAACAUCCGCCACCACCACCCGCCAUGGUCAUCAGCCCGGGGACCGAGUACCAGAACACGCCGUUCUCGAUCGCGUCCCACUUCGAGCAGGAACCGAUUCUGGUGGCCAAGCACAAGAAGGUCGCCCAUCAGAACGCCAACAGCGUCAAGCUGAACUUCCCCUACAGUCUGGAGAAACCGGAUCCACAUGCCCUGACGCACGCGACGGCGGUCCACCCUGCCCCGGCCCAGGAUCUUGCGGCCGAGUACUCGGAGUACAACCUGGGCGAAGAACCGUCCGGGGGUUUGGGAGCUGGCGCCCAGGAGCAGGAUCAGGAUCUGAUCUCGAGCAAGCUGCAGCGAUUCCACAGCACCACCGACAGCACGCCGAUCGCGAUUGCCUACACGCCGACCGAAUCGAGUUUGGGGCCAGCCGGAGUUCCGAACAGCAUGCGCUACAAUAAGCCACCGAUGGGGACCGGGGGAGCUCACAAUCACAACAACAACUACUAUUACUCGGUGUACGGCGAAACGCAGACGGAGGUAUCGCACCUGAAGCUGGACGACGUGGACGAGUUCGGCAAUCCGUCCCGGCGCUACGAGCAGAGCUUCCAGGCGCCGUUCCAGGCGAGCAUGAGCCUCGAUCCGGUGAAGGUGACCAACCCGUACGAGGGCUGGGCCGUGGUGACGUCCUCGCCACAGGCACUCGCGCUGCAGCACUCGAAGCCUUCGCAGCCGCCACCACCCCCGAAGCCGGAACCAGUGCCGGACCGGAACACGAUCGAUCGGUCCGAUACGAGCGCGACUGGGGCGGAAGAUGAUCCGGCGGCGGUGACACCAGGCGAGCGCCCAGCAUCGGUCGUCACACCGGCCGCUAGUUCCGGGCCGUUCGAUCCGAACAGCUUCCAGCCGGAGCUGCAAGGUGGCUUCCGGCCGAUCCUCGGUGCGGACGUGAAGCUCAGCGAGCAGCUGAACCCGGAUCCGCAGCGGUCAAGCAUUGCGGACCUGUUCGUAGACGAUCCGCCGGCGGUGCCGGAGCAACCGGAACCGGCGCCAAAGCCACAGGCCACGAAGCUGCAGCUGGUACCGAAGGACACGAAACCGAAGGUGGUGAAAAAAGAGGAACCGGACGGUAUGGAGGAGCUCGACCUGGAGGCAUUCUUCGAUCGGCUCUCGAAGGACUACGACGACGGCGAGCUGGACGAUGUGACGAUGAGUGAUGAGACGACGAACGGGACCGACCCGGGUAGCGGCGAGCAGCAGCGAGCCGUCGGCGAGGGCCGCAGCAGUCAGGGUGCGAGUGGAAUCGCCGCGGACGAAGCUGCCGUCCCGGGUACGGAGGGAACCAGCAGGACACCAGAUACGACGACGACGACCGAGAAGCCGACCACGGCGACGGAAGCGACGUGA